CUUCGUAGCGACAGUUGACAAGAAGCAAUCGUGAGCGAAACUUCUGAGCGAAAGCUUGAAAAAGUUACAAGCGAAUUUACGUUUGAAGUUAAUAUUUUGAAGAAAAAACAAGAUCCAAGAAAAGAUGUCUCUGGUACCGUUGUUGUUCUCCGACUGGUGGGAAGAUUUGGACCGCCCUCAUCGACUUCUGGAUCAACAUUUCGGUACGGGCCUUUAUCCUGAACAAUUAUUAACACCGAGCAUUCUGGAACAAUACGUCGUACCGAGGAGUGAACGCAAGUUCAGAAGCCCGCUGCAAUAUUUCCGUCCUUGGGGCGAACUUCUUCGCAAAGUUGAGGGUGGAGGCACUUCAACGGUGAAAGCUGACAAGGACAAGUUCCAGGUGAUCCUGGAUGUUCAACAAUUUAAACCUGAAGAGAUCAAUGUCAAAGUCGUCGACAAAUGCGUCGUUGUCGAGGCGAAACAUGAAGAGAAGCAGGACGAGCACGGGUGGAUCUCACGGCAAUUUGUGAGAAAAUAUAUGAUUCCUGAGCAGUGCGAUAUCGACCAGGUCACCUCGAGCUUGUCAUCGGAUGGUGUGCUGAGCAUCACCGCUCCAAGGAAGGAUCAACCUGAGAUCCAGAACGAGAAAACUAUCAAGAUCGAGCAUACUGGCAAGCCAGCUCUUCGUGAAAAGGGUGAAAAGAAGGAAUCCAAAGAGGAUGAAAAAAAAGAAGAAAAGGCUGGAAAAUAAGACGUUUCUUUUCAAAGCUUUAAAGUAAUAUGCUAUUCAUAAUAUCGUAUUUCUUCACAAUUACUGUUUAAUUUCUUCAUAUGUCCUUUCCAUUGUGUGAUAUAUAUGUAUAUGUUCCUUAUUGUAAUGAUCCAAGACUUUUUUUAAAUAAAUAAGUUCGCUAUGUCAAAA